AUGUCGAAUGAUCAAUUAACAAUCAAUACCUUGAGAGAAUUAAACUCUAGGUUUGCGUCCGAGAUUACUGAACUUAGAAAGGAGAAUGCUGAAAUUCCUGAACUUAGAAAAAAAUUUUCCGAA